AUGCCGUCCACAAUAAUGCGCUAUCCCGUUGAGCCUUUCCGGCCUCGAGGACAACAGUCGAAAAUGCCAGCUUCUCAGCCACAGGAGAUGCAGAACGGAAAUGGACACGCUGUGCACCCUCCUAGUGCUAGCAAUCGCCAGCCACCAUCCCGUCCUCCUGUGGUGAAUGGUUCGGAUGCUUAUGUCCAGUAUAACAUGCAGCAAAACGGGAAUGCUGAAUAUUGGCCAUGCCAGCUAAAUGAUCAUUGGGCUCCUGGAAUGAACGAAUUCAACAACUUUCCUCCUUCGACAAACAGACAAGGCUAUCCGAGUUUCAUGGACGGAUGGCCUGCAUUUCGUCCCCAUACAGCUCCUCUUCCGGAGUUGAUGUGGCCAGGGGCGCCAUCGCAAUGGCGCUCAAAUCAGAGCUCCCCUUUAGCACCUUUCCCUUCUCCUUCUUUAUUUGACAAAGGAGGUGAGGGCUUUUAUCCUGAUGGUCAUCCAUAUCAAGCUAUCGAAUUCAGUCAAAUCCCCCCUCCGGCAAUGCCCCCUCCACCUCGGUGGAUGCAUCCUGCGCAGCCACAUUACAUGCGGACCGCGAAGUUUGAUGAUCCUGAAGCAAAGAUAUUCGUUGGAGAUCUACCUGUCAGAAUGACAACGGACCAGUUAUACCAUGCAUUGAAAGAGACAUUCAGUCCUUUCGGAGAAUGCAAAAUCAAUGUUAUAUGGACGACUAAGCGCGGACCGGGGGGGGUUGAAAGAUCUUUGCCGACUGGUUGGAUCCAAUAUAAGACUGUGUUCGACGCGGCAAAGGCAUUGGACAUCGACAAGGAAUCUGGCUUCGUCAUUGGAAACCGUGCAGUGAGAGUUGAUCGAGCUGAUGGCAAGAGAAUCUGCCGUAUUUGGCCUUCCAUCCCAUGUGCAAGACCAAGUCUGGUCGAGUUCAAAAAUGUCGUCGUCCAAUUUAUCAAAUAUCUUCGUGAUCCCUAUGGAUAUCACAUGAUGUACCAUGUCUCCAACGGGAUUGACAUGGUAGAGAAGAAUUAUGGAGGACGACUUUACACCGUUCCCUCCAUAGGAGUCCUAUUCAGACGAGUUGAGGACGCAAGUUACGCACAGAGUAAAUUUGCCACGUUUACAUCACACUUCAAGCUCAAGAUUGAGCAUGUCGACUGCGGCACCCCCAAGUGGAGACAAGGUCCCGUGUCUUUGGAGCUUCUCAACGUCCUCUUGCUAGACACUGGAGAAAAAUGGCAAGAAGAAUUGAUCCGUUCUCGUCGCGGUCUGCGAGAAAGGAAUGUAGAAUUUCCGCUUGGAAAGUUGGCCAGGUAUCCGGAACGGAUUGGCAAGAAGUUGAUUCCACGAUCUAUACUUGAACAUCCUCGACUUAAAAAAGAUGUCUUUGGCUUCAAGGAUGCAGAAUGGUUAGACAUUCAUCAAGAGCCGCCUACGAGCCUUGCCAUGGCCAACAGUAGUCGGAAGACUACUCAGACGAACAGCUACUCCAAUUGUGGAUCCACUGGUAAGGCUAAUGGUGAUCACUCUCAUGCCAGUCAAAAGAUAAAUGGCGAAUAUCGCAGCCAAGUGAACGGAAAAGCUAGUAACCAGACAAACGGUGAAGCUAUUCAUCAGAAGAAUCAUGAAUCCAACCAUCGCGAAACUGGCGGAUCCGAGCAUCAAGAGAAUGAUGGAACCAAUGAUCAGCCAAACGGUGCUUGA